ACAGAAAUUUUUCAUCAAUAAAAAAAACUACGAACGAAACGAUCAUCCAAUUAAAGCUUUCUGGAAUCUCUUCGCUCGCAGCAAAAAGUCCCCACAAAGCCAAGUGCAGUUCACACGCCCUAAAUAAAAGGCAUCGAUAUUCGGCAAAAAGUCCACAAGUGCCCUGAACGCAGUUGUUCCCCUUUUAGCCCGUUGGUGAAGCAAUCCGUGUUGCGGGUUUCGCAUAGCUGCACCUGCUUGUUAUUUUUUUCUGUGCGCGGAAACUUCCCGUAAAAGCAUUCACCAUAGGGCUAUCCGAGACAGCCGUGAUGGAUAUAAUGGCCUCGAAUCUGCAGCAGCAACGAGCAAUCACCGAGCAGCUCCGGCGCGAAGCUGCCAUCCAGCGCAUCACGGUGUCGCAGGCCGUGGCGGACAUAGUGAAGUACGUGACGGAGCACCAGGCCGAAGACUGCCUGUUGGUCGGGUUCUCCAGCCAGAAGGUGAAUCCGUUCCGCGAGAAGAGCUCCUGCAGCAUUCUGUAAGCUUGCCUGCACGAUGGAUGCUGCAGUACUCGUUAGUUUUGCCCCUAUUUUCGCUGGAAUGUAGGAAACAGAUCCAGCGGAAGGAACAGCUCUAUCGUCUCUAUGGCGCGAUGACGUCAUCCGGAAAAAGGAGGAUGAGGAGGUAGUAUAGGAAGCAUGCUCAAAAUUGUACCGCCAAGAUAAAUUGAUGUGUUAAGUGUCUAUUUGGAAAUGGAGUAACCGUGCCCUCCCCGGUAAAAUGCAACAAGAGAAACGCACACAACAAUCCCGUAAAUCAGCCUACAGCGAAUGUUGCUCGUACAACAGUUUGCGUGAGCAAAACAGGAAGCGCAACAGUUUGUUGCUUCGAAUGUCACCCGAUUACUCACAUCGCUAACACCAACCCCAUAUCUCAUCCCUCUCCAACCUCGACGCUUCUCGUAGGAUAAUGUAAAGCAUAGAAAAGAACUCAACGCCAUCAAAUAAAUUAUACCACCCAAUGGUGUGGUAGAGUGGAAAUUGCAA